UUAUGAAGAUGAUGUGAAGGUGGCUGUAAAUGUGGUGAAAGGAAAGAGAGGAAAAUGCCCCCAGAAGUACCUCUGUCCACUCUCGCAACACCCCUCAUUCGCUACUCUCCUCCAGCCCCUUCUCACAUAGAAGGCAACCAGGCGUUCAAACACAAAUCACUCCGAGGAACUAGGAAGAUGAAAUUUAGCAUAAGGAAACUCAUACCAGUUUUCAUAUUGAUCCUUGCCUCCAUAUCCAUCCUUAGAUUCAUUCGAAUCGUCAUCACCACUUCAUCUCCUCGCCCACUCCCAGCUUCGCCUUCACAUGUGCAACAAGCAUGCACCUCUCCUUUGUCAUGCAGUAAGGUUCUAACGGGAAUAGCAGGCAACUCAACUUCCACACCGCCUGCCUACACCACCUCACUAACAGCUAAGGAAUUUAGACUUCUAUCAAACCUUGUCAAGCAUAGGAGACCUUGCAACCUUCUCAUCUUUGGUCUUGAGCCACAAUACCUCAGCCUCUCAUCAAUAAAUGCAGGAGGCACUACAAUCAUACUGGAGGACGAUCCUAAUAAGUUCACGAAUUAUAGAACAGAGAUAGCCAGUCCUGGCAGCACUCAGAUAUACAAGGUACAGUACAAUGUACCAGCAAAAGAGGCAUACGAACUGCUCAAGCAUGCAAGGAGAAGUUCGACCUGUGCACCCGGGGCUGCACUGCUUCCACUGUCAAAAUGCCGGUUGGCUCUAACAGGGUUGCCACAAGAAGUGUACAAAACAAAGUGGGAUCUGGUCGUGGUGGAUGGACCAAGUGGAAGCAACCCAGAGGCUCCUGGAAGGAUGGGAGCAAUCUAUUCAGCAAGCAUAUUAGCCAGAGCUGGGAACUCAACAGAUGUAGUGGUUCAUGAUGUGCAUCGCACCAUCGAGAGGUGGUUUUCCUGGGAGUUUUUAUGUGAAGAGAAUUUGGUUUCUUCAAAAGGGAAGUUCUGGAAUUUCAGAAUACUGGGUCAUACAGACCCUGCAAGAUUUUGCUCAUCCCAACCAUGAUAGGUGCAAUUCUCUUCUCCGAUCUGAUUGCAUAAGGAAAACAAAAGUGACACAUUAUGAGAAUCUCCAGAAGGGCGAGCACGUGAUAAAGACACGCCAUGGAAACUGCAUGGCGUAGGCAGUGGCACAACAUGCUAUGGCCACUUCUGUUUUGGAAAUUGCCCACAUGAGAAACAAUUGCAAUUAAGGUCAAAAUGCAAAGAAUGAGACAGCAAUUGAUAAAAGCUUCAUCAAAUAGGCAUCCCUCUGGUGUAGAUUUAUUGGCAUAUGGCGCAGGAGAGGCUUCUUCCCUUACCAGCAAGGUGCUAGCGGCUUAUACACAAGACCAUGCUUUUAUCAGCGUGAGAAGAAAGACAAUCCCAGAUCCUUUUGCAAGACAGUUCCUCUUGAAGUAACUUUGCCUUUUCUUUUUUUCUGAGCAUUCAAUGUAAAUGAAUCCCAUUCACCAUGUACAUGAAAUUAUCUUUAAACGGAACCAAAA